AUGACGUGUACUGACUCAGACGAAGAAGGCAAAGUGUGCCUUGGCGACAAAGAGGCGAACCGGCCGUACGACGGGCUUUUCAAGGGUUUGGGUGCUAAGAACGCGACGGAAGAACAUUCACACGUUCGAGUGAAUCCGGACCAUAACAAAUCAAGUGUUUGCUUGGGGCAAGAGCCAUCUACAUCCCGUUUUGCGUACGCUGAGCAGCAACGGCAUCAGGUCCCCGCUCACACAUCUUUCUACGUUGAACAGGCGGCGGUUGCCGCAAAACACAUUGACAAAAACAAGAGCUCAGUUUACUUCGGUGACGACAGGCCGCUUCUUCCUCCAGGUGUCAACCCUGCGAAGUCACAGACACCCCGCACUCCACACGCAACCCAUGGGAAGGCGAUCAACAGCGAACAUAAUAAGUCCACCGUGGUCUUUGGAGACGCUACGGAUCAGGACCGAUUCGAAUUUGCAGAAGAGCGCAGAGGGCACCCUGUGGGAGGCAAACUGGGACAAGAGCAGCUACUUUUCGCCGCUGUCGCUGAGGGCACCGCCCACCGGGACGGAGUCGGAAACAGAAACAGGAGAAACGACUCCUCAAUUGUACUCGGCACGGACAACGACUUAGGCAAGGCGCCACGGCGCUCUCUGGCGAAAGAGUUUCGCUUCAUGCCCAGCGCUCCGGAGACGGUAGACGAGAUACCCCGUUCGAUUUAUGUCAGGAAUCCUCGAGCUGUGUCUGAGUACGGGAAUUUUGACCAAAGCGAGUAA